GUCCAGUUUGCUGGUGCCAUCGGCAUCGCCGACUACCCCGCCGUACUGUAGCUCGGGUUCCUUCUUCGUCGCCCUGACGCUGUCGCUCCCGGCCCCAAUUUGACGGGUCCGAAGCCUAUGUACCGGUUUGACUUUCUCCCCACCGAAUUUGUUUCUCUGGUCGCAGCGCACUCCAUUGCAGCUGCCGAUCCGACGCUCCCCGGCACUCCGUUCAACUCGACGUAUUUAAUUUUCGACGCCCAAUCCUUCGUCGAGACUCAGCUCCGCGGCACCACGUUUCCAAACCGAGGCAAGAAGGCGUCGCCUAUGCCUGGCGACUUGCGUCUCGAGUCUGGUGGUGUUGUUGCAAGAGAUUUGCAGACCUGUAUUCACGAUAUGAUCAAUUAACGCGCUGCCUGUCUUUGGCAAGCCAACAUCAGGGAUCCUAUAUACUCCCCGACGGACUUUUCGGAGGUAGCCCUUGUCUCGACGCUCUUCUCCCGUGUAGCCACAUUCCCCGCCGCCCAAACGAUUACCGAUAUCGAACAGCUGGCCACCGAGCCUGGUCCG